GCAGCACUGCGUCUUUAACGAUGUGGGCGGGGCUCAUCUCUGUCUGGAUGUGAGGCGGCCCAGCGUCUCUAGCGGUGUGAAAACGGAGAGAAGUGAAGUUUCAGCAGGAGAAAGCCAUGGCAGCUCCAUUCAGAUCACUUGUGGAAGAUUAUCCAAGAUACCUCAAAUCAUUUGAGCUUUUUCUGGAGCGCUCAUCAGAGCACCAGUGCAUGCAGGACUUCAUUCAUAAUACGCUACCAGACAUACUGGCAAGUAUUGGGGGGGGGAGAUCCAUUUUCAAUGUAAUGGGAGGAGGGAGUGGAGCAGGUGAGAUUGAUCUAGGGAUGCUUGCUCAGCUACACCUGAAACAUCCACAUGUCAAAGUCGACAAUGAAGUGGUGGAACCAAGCAAUGAUAUGCUGCACAAAUAUAAAGUUCGGGUGUCAACAACUCCAGAUCUUGAUCAUAUUAACUUUGAGUGGAAUAAGAUGACGGCAUCUGAAUUUGAAAAACACUGGCAACAGAAAAACCCUGGGAAAAAGAUGGACUUCAUUCACAUGAUACAGAUGCUGUACUACGUCACAGAUCCAGAGGCCACUGUCUCAUUUUUUCGGAGUCUUCUACACAAAGAUGGGAAACUCUUAAUCAUUCUGGUGUCAGGUGAGAGUGGAUGGGGAAAAUUAUGGACAACCUUUAAAAAACAACUGUGUAAUACUGAGAUCAGCCAGUGUGUUACUACAGGAGAUAUAAAGACCUUCCUAGACACUGAGGGCAUCCCCUACCAGAACUAUGAGCUUCUGUCCCAGAUGGACAUCACAGAGUCCGGCCAAGCUGAGCUAUCGCGGGAGAAGAGCCUUGGUGAGAGAGGUAAAGAAGAACCCAAAGAUCACUUCGGGGCUUUAUUGGACUUACUGAGACAUCCUGACUGCAGUAAAGAGGUGAAUGGCAGGAUCAUAUUCAACAACAACCUGGGAGUCUUAGUGGUUGAGCCGUAGCUCCAAGACUCCUUUAUAUCGCACCUG